ACUGGCAAGUAUCAUCAAAAUCAUCCCGAUUUGGAGCGAAAGAGGGAGAGAUAGAGAGAAAGAAAGCGAGAGAGAAGGAUGUCGGGUAUGGGAGAUGGCUACGUGGGUACGGCUCAAGACGCGGUGAGGAUACGGCGGCUGCAGAAGCAAAGAGAAGCUGAACGCCGUAAAAUCCAGGAGCUGAAGAGCAAGACUGCCUCUGGCCAGGAGCAAUCUGGUCUUCUCCAAUUCGGCACUAGCUCUUGCGAGAUUCUUGACACUGCCUUUAAGAAGGAAACAGUCGGUUUAGUUACAAGAGAGGAAUAUGUGGAGAAGAGGGUUAAUAUUCGUAAUAAGUUUGAGGAAGAAGAGAAGGAGAAAUUGCAGAAGCUACAGCAAGAGGAAGAAGAGCUUCAACAACAGAAGCGUAGCAAGAAAAGAAAAAUUAAGGGAGCCUCCCGCUUAUCUUUUGCUGAAGAUCUUGAGAAUGGCAGUGAUGAAGAUGAUGGUAAAAACAAGAGUUCUGGGACAAUGAGCUUACGCUUCGGAAAACUUGGCAAGGACCCCUCAGUGGAAACUAAUUUCCUGCCUGACAGUGAGCGGGAGGCGGAGGAACAAGCUGAACGUGAAAGGCUGAAGAAGCAGUGGCUUCGUGAGCAAGAGCAAAUUAAAAACGAGCCUCUUCAGAUUACUUACAGUUACUGGGAUGGGACCGGCCACCGACGAGUUAUCCAGGUACGCAAGGGUGACGCAAUUGGGAAUUUUCUACGGGCUGUUCAACAGCAGCUUGCCCCUGACUUCCGGGAGAUUCGGACGACAUCAGUUGAGAAUUUGCUAUACGUAAAGGAAGAUCUUAUAAUCCCACAUCAACACAGUUUCUACGAGCUGAUCAUUAACAAAGCAAGGGGGAAGAGUGGCCCGCUGUUUCACUUUGAUGUUCAUGAAGACGUGAGAACAAUUGCAGAUGCGACAAUAGAGAAAGACGAGUCGCAUGCGGGUAAGGUGGUGGAAAGGCAUUGGUACGAGAAGAACAAGCAUAUAUUCCCUGCUUCCAGAUGGGAGAUUUACGAUCCGACAAAGAAAUGGGAACGGUACACGGUCCAUGGGGAUUGAUCUUGGACCAGAACAGAACAUGCUUUUUGAUGGAUCACUUUGUCACAUGGAAUCUUGUUGACAUGAUUGAUCAGAUUUGGUGUAUUAGUAGUAGUGGAAUGUUCAUGCAAACCUUUUUUUAAUGCUUAUUUUUCUAUAGAAUAAUGGAAACGAUUUAUUUGACUUUUGUUAAA